AUGGACUCGCCAGCCCUGACCCAGCUGUUUAGGCAGCUCUUCCGCCGUCCAGCAUGUCAAUCAUUACGGCGGUCGCCUUCAGGACUUGCUCGAUCACAAUCUCGUACAUUCCUCACACGACGCACACCCGUCACCGUCAAGCGCAAACCGCAAGAUGAUACCCAGCUCUGGACAAAACGAGGGGAUAACCCCAAGAACAUCGAUGAAGAGUACAGAACAUAUCCAACCGUGACAGCGAAGGAGCUACGCAACCGACGCGAACGCCCGCGACAGGUCAAGAUGUUGACGCGCGAGUUUAUCGAUGACAGUCUCUACAACCCACACUACGGAUACUUCUCCAAACACGCGACCAUUUUCAGCCCCGGAGAGCCAUUCGACUUCACCAACAUUGAAGAUGGGCCCGCUUUCCACAAACUCCUUGGUGAACGCUACACGGAGUUUGAGGACAAGCUCGACGAGACGAACCCAGAUAUCGCAAGGCAGCUGUGGCACACACCAACGGAGCUCUUUCGACCAUACUAUGGCGAGACAAUUGCGCGGUAUUUGGUGUCAAACUACAAGUUGACCCUAUACCCGUACCACGACCUGAUCAUCUACGAAAUGGGUGCAGGAAACGGUACAAUGAUGUUGAACAUUCUGGAUUUCAUCCGUGACACCGACUACGAGGUAUAUCAGCGAACGAAGUUCAAGAUUAUUGAGAUUUCGCCCGCGCUCGCGGAUCUCCAGUUCAAGAAUUUGACCGACAAGCUCACGGCUAAGGGCCACCGGGACCACGUCGAGAUCGUGAACAAGUCAAUUUUCGACUGGGAUACCUACGUGCACUCGCCCUGCUUCUUCCUUGCUCUGGAAGUCUUCGAUAACUUCUCUCACGACACCAUCCGCUACAAGCAAGGCAGCGAAAUGCCCCAGCAGGGCGGCGUUCUGAUUGAUGCCCAGGGCGAAUUCCACGAGUACUACAACAACCAGCUCGACCCGGUCGCUGCUCGCUUCCUGCGCGUCCGCCAAGCGGCUGCCCGCCGUCCUUUCCCGAGUCCCCUGGGCCCACCACUCCUUCGCGGCCUCCGCUCCGCCGCACCUUUCCAGAAAGAGUACACACUGCCAGAGUACAUCCCCACCCGCCUGAUGCAGUUCUUCGAUGUCCUGAACCAGUACUUCCCCGCCCACCGUCUGGUCUCCAGUGACUUCAGCUCCUUGCCGGACGCCGUGCCCGGGAUCAACGCACCUGUCGUGCAGACUCGGUACCAACGACGCACGGUGCCGGUGUCAACUCCUUUUGUCCACCAAGGCUACUUUGAUAUCUUCUUCCCGACAGACUUCAAUGUCAUCGAGGAUAUGUACCGUGCUGUCACGGGCAAGUUGACCCAGGUCACGAGCCAUGAGGAGUUCGUCCACCGCUGGGCUUACAUUGAGGAUACGGAGACGCGCAACGGAGAGAACCCGCUGCUGAGCUGGUACAAGAACGCCAGCAUGUUGAUGACUGUGUAG